GCCCGCCAGAGGGCAAUGCGGCGGGGGAGACGGGGCAGGCCCCACCUCCUUUGUCCGCCCUGCCCUCCCAUUGGCCGGAGCGGGGGACCGGGGGCGGAGCCCGGCUCGGAGGCAGACACCCGUCCCGGGGCUGACUCCAGCCCCAGCGCGGAGCCGGGCUGCUCCCGCUGGGGGAAGGCGGCACGCGCGCGGCGGGGCCGGUGCGCAGGGCAGCAGGCGAACUCCAGCUGCCAGCCCCCGGCCCGCCGGUGUCAUGGACGGCCUGCGCCAGCGUUUCGAGCGCUUUCUGGAACAGAGGAACUUGGUCACCGAUGCGCUAGGGGCGCUGGAAGCCAAGACCGGGGUCGAGAAGCGGUACCUGGCAGCAGGAGCCAUCACUCUGCUAAGCCUUUAUCUUCUCUUUGGCUACGGGGCUUCCCUACUGUGCAAUGUCAUCGGAUUUGUAUACCCCGCCUAUGCUUCCAUCAAAGCAAUCGAAAGCCCGAGCAAAGAAGACGACACCAUGUGGCUCACUUACUGGGUCGUGUACGCCCUGUUCGGGCUUGUCGAGUUUUUCAGCGAUCUACUCCUGUUCUGGUUCCCUUUCUACUACGUGGGCAAGUGCGCCUUCCUGUUGUUCUGCAUGACACCCGGGCCCUGGAACGGGGCCCUCAUGCUGUAUCACCGCGUAGUGCGACCACUGUUUCUAAAGCAUCACAUGGCCGUGGACAGCGUCGUGAGCAACCUCAGCGGGCGAGCCUUGGACGCAGCAGCGGGAAUAACCAGGGACGUCAAGGCCGGCCUGACCCCACUGCAGAAGGACAAGUGAAGACAUCCCCAGGCUCAUCCCAGGACCUCCCGACCGCCCCCCACCAAGGCCCCCCGUGAGCCAGGGGACACCACCCCGAAGACCAGCAGACAGCAUGAGAAGCAGAGCUCUAAGAAGCCUACCUACAGUUCAUCUGUGCCUGAGUUGGUCCCCUGCCACUCAGAGACCUCUCUGGAAUACAUCUCGGAGUCC